GAAACUUCUUUCGGACAGCGCGAGCGAGGCCACGGUGACUUGAUUCUAGAUGCGUCAUUGCGCACAACAACGAGGAAAAGCAGUUACUGGUCUAGGAUUGAUAUUUACAUUUUGCCCUGUCGGUUUUCGCUACAGAAGAGAAUAUCCAACAACACAUCGUGGCUAAUACUGCGGACUGGAGUGGGAAGAAAUAGAUAGCAAGAGAUGUACGUUURGAACGGAGGGCAGCCAGCAACAGCGAAGUGGUAUGACAGAAGGGACUCUGUCUUUAUUGAGUUCCUGGUAGAAGACAGCAAAGAUCUACAAGUGAAGUUUGAAAAAUCAAAACUUGAUAUCCGUUGUGUUGGUGGGAUUGAAACCCUCAAACACCAUAAUGAAUUGGACCUUUUCGACUCAAUUGAUCCCAAUGCAUCCAAGCACAAACGUACAGACAGAUCAGUGUUGUGUUGUCUAAAGAAAGCAGAGGCAGGAAGAGCAUGGCCACGGUUAACAAAAGACAAGGCAAAAUUUCAAUGGCUGGGUGUCGACUUCAACAACUGGAAAGACUGGGAAGAUGAUUCUGAUGAGGAUCUGUCCAGUUUCGACAAGUUCUCAGAGAUGAUGAAUACGAUGGGAGGAGAAGACGGAAUGCCAGAUCUGGGGAUGGGUGGUAUGGAAGGUCUCGAAGAGCACGACAGCGAUGAUGAAAAGAUGCCAGACCUGGAGUAAUGAUGCAUAUAAAGUCUUGUAACCGAUGACGACGAGAAAUKAAAGCCUCAAAGGUCGGUUGAAGAGAGAGACGAGUUGAGUUGGUAGCCAUAUUUGAAAAAGGAGGAAAUAUCACCAGUUUUCCAAACACACGUCAGAGGAACCUCACUGAGGAGAGACUGUAUCUGUCGUAAUGGCAUCACAGCAGAGCAUUCUCCAGCCAAUGUCUUAGUGCUGUGCUUUGCUGUUCUAAUUCUGCAUGGACAAUUCAGUUGUUUCCAUGAUGUGUUUGUUGUGGGGUUCAGUUAUACCGUGCUUUAACUUAACAACCAGGGGUGCCUUCAGCAAGGAACAGCGUUAUGGAACGUUCAGAUAGAAUUACGUCAUGUAGAACAAAGGUGCCACUGACAUGUAGAAUUAAGGAAUCGCGUCGGCUCAUCGUAUUUCAAUCUGCAACGUUUGAUAAUGUUUUCCUACUGAAUGUGGCCCUGCUCUGAUGGGAUAGUCUGAAAGUUACACCCCACCUCUCCACCUUUUUUAUUUGAUAACGUUAGUGAGGUUACGUAUUGAAUAUCAACAUAAUUGUAAAUUCUAACCGGGGGGAAAAAACAUGUUUUAAAACAACUGCCUAUUUUCAAUAAAGUUGUUUCUUUUUUUUAAUGAAAAAUGUCCCCUUUUGUUCGUACUGUACAUUUUGUUGUAUUUUUGUUAAUAUAUUGAAACAAGUUUUAGCUCGGAACAAAUAUUCUCUCAAUGUAUGUUAACAUCUGGAAAUGUUACCGGUAAUAGUUCAUUGAUUUUUAAAUAAUGAGGUAUUAGAAAUUAAUGAAUGAAAUAUGCAUGUUAAACUUAUUUUACAGUAUAGCAUAAAUUGUAAGUUAUAAUGGAAAAACCUUUCAAUCACAUUUUGCAAGGAUGCUUUUGCUUUAGUUAACAUCGUACAUACAGAACAUUUUAAAAGUAUAUACCGUUAGUUUACUCUGUAUUUAUUGCACGCUGUUUUGUAUAAAACAAGCAGCAAAUUAUUUCUUCCAUAUUCAAAGGGGUGCAGAAACGCAACAAAAAUAACUUGUCAUUAAAUGACCAAGUUUAAUUUGCACUCGCAGUACAAAAAAUAAAUGCACUACUAGGUUUCGCCAACCUAUCUCUUUGAUGAAAUUUCAGUUUAAAUGCUGUGGGAAUUUGUCCACAUAUUUCUAAUAAACUAUCUCCGACUAA